GUGGUUAUUAUAAAUCCAACAAUCUUGGCUCGCUCAACCUUCCACCGCUACUUUGCGUCGAACAACGACGAUUUUGGCUAG